AUGCGCGAGAUCCGUCCCGUCGACGCGGAGCUUCUGACGACGUGCUUCGACGCCGCGGACGCGGCGAGCGCGCCCGAGGACACCAGGGCGUUUUACGAGUGGUUCUACUCCGCUCUCGACGACGCCGAGAGAGGAUCGUUCAUGGAGCGUCUCAUGCGUCAGAAGGAGAAACUCGCGGAGCGGUGCCUCGCGCGCGUCUCCGCGCGGUACUUGCACCGGGACAUGCGAAUCGUGAAGUCGGACGGCGAAGGUUUCGACGGCGACGGCGACGGCGAUGGCGACGGCGACGGCGAUGGCGACGGCGACGGCGACGGCGACGGCGACGGCGACGGCGAUGAACAAAUCAUGACUUAUUUUCUCAGAGGCGUUGCCGCUGGCAUGCAGCUGGCGCGAAGUUUUUGAGUGUACAGACUAAAAAGUCUCGUGCCUGAAUACGUCACAUUUUCCCGGAAGGGCUGCGUAGUGGAGCGGCGCGGUAGCGGCGAGAGCGGCGAGAUAGGACGGCGACGGUAGAUAGCAGGAAGGGGGUAGUCAUCAUGACUGAGAAAAAGAUCCCCUGCC